AUGUCUGCACACAAGGAAAUCCAGCCUCCGACGACGGGGGAGGAGAACUUUUGGGCUCAAAAAUCAUAUGACGGACAGUUCCAACACUUCCACGGAGCUGGAGCUGGACAAGACAUGCGAAUGUGCCAGGACUUUCAUACCGAAGAAGCCAUUCCUAUUCUCGACCUGGAGCACCAGGAGGGGUACCAAAAUUCAUACCAGAUGAACUUUGACGACGUCGCCCACUCCCGCAGAAUAUCUGGGUCGUCCUUCACCAUGUCUACUUCUGGUGCCUUGUCAGAUAUGCAGUCUUACGACGACUUCUCGACAGCUCUCUCCGACGCGCCCUCUUUCUGCUCAGAGUACCCCCCACCAUCCAAUCGCACUUCUUGGAUGUCUUCCACCCAUCUCUCUCCCGUGGCUUCUCCACGCAUGACAGCACAGGGCUGCCGUCCUGACAUUGCCCGGACUCAGAGCCGUGGACGAGCAUCCCCUUCGCCGCGACCCAGCAUCCGAUCCGCGCCCUACAGCAUUGAGACCCCAAGAAACGCGAAGCGAUGGUCUACAGGAUCAUAUGGCACUAUGUCAAACCGCCGCCCAUCGCCCUUUGUGUACCACCCCGGACAAGAAGCCCACGGUGCGCACCAGCAGCGUAUGUCCUCGCGCGAUCUUCCCCUCCCCUCUCAUCCCAUCGGGAACUACCUCCCACUGACACAUGGUCUUGAAAUAGCACACGCACAGCCCCCAUUCCUCAUGAGUUGCGGACCUACAGUCCAGAGCCAGAGGAACAGCAUGCUCCUACCUACUCAACUACCCUCGCAGACUCUUCAGAGUGACGCUCGACCAUACGACGCCCCUGCUCCUCUAAUGUCACACGGUCUCUUCAGAAUGCUCCAGAGCAACGCUGACGCUCAUUCUCUCCACCGCCGCUUCGCUGAGCUGUCUGAGCCCCCGGACUUGUUCGGUGCUCUCAACGAGGAGCAGGAAGCCCCUCCCGAGGAAGACAUGAACCCCUCCGACCCCGACAUGAUGCCCCGAGAGCAGGACCUGAGAUUCGAGGGCGACCUGUAUACCCCUCGGUGGGUCCGCGGACACGGCAACAAGCGCGAGGGCUGGUGCGGCAUCUGCAAGCCCGGGCGAUGGCUCGUCCUCAAGAACUCGGCCUACUGGUACGACAAGUCCUUCUCCCACGGUAUCAGCGCCGCGACUGGCAGCUCCUUCCAGCAGCCUCUCGAGACGCGGCGCAUGGAUGGAAACCCGGACGUCUGGGAGGGUCUGUGCGGCAGCUGUAACGAGUGGAUUGCUCUCGUGAGCAGCAAGAAGAAGGGAACCACUUGGUUCAGACACGCUUACAAGUGUCACUCCCACGCCAAAGCCAAAGACUCGGCCAAGAGACGACGUGGUAGCAGCAAUAACCGAGGGCUCCCUGCUCCGGCUAUCCAUAAGAUGAGCAGGGGCGACCAGGCUGUGACACCGCACCCGACCUCGUCGCCCAUCACAACCACGCAGAUGCCGGCCACCACCAUGCCCCACGUUUCCUGCCAUCCUCACCACCACCAUCACCACCACGCCCUCAUGCCGACCCAGAUGCCGCAGGCUCUGCUCGCAAACGACCCCUACCCCAAUAUGAUUUAA